AUGCACCUCCAUGAUAUCCUCAUAAUUGGCGCUGGCCCCUGCGGUCUCGCCGUCGCCGCCCGCCUCAAAGAACACACGCCGUCUGCGAUUUUCACCGAUGCUGAGCAUCAGCGGUACCACUGGAUAAACAAGCAUAAAGGUAGGAUGAACUUGGUGAGGUCGCGGCGGAGGAAGAAUCCGAGCUUGGGUGUCCCAUUGCCGCAUGGUACUACUACAGGUGGUGCUGGUAUGAAGGAGCGGGAGAAGAAGAAGACACAGAUGCGAACUUCCUCGGUGUCGUCGGGGUCAAGCGAGAAUAGCUCUAGGUCGGAUUCUAGUGCGACAGGGAAUGAAUCUGCGACGUCUGUUUCUGAUCAUGGAUCUGACAGCGAAUAUGAAAAGGAGGAAGAGAAUGGGCCGUCCAUGCUUGUGUUAGACUCUACAGGAACGCAAUGGCUUGAGAGAUGGAACCGUGCGUUUAAAACCCUCGAGAUCGAGCAGCUCCGCAGUCCUAUGUUCUUUCAUGUUGACCCCGGCGAUCGAGACGGAAUGCUAGCCUAUACAACCGAGCAAGGACGAGAAAAAGACCUUUGGGAGAUAUCGGGGUGUGUUGGGAAAGAGAUGUCGAAGCAUAAGAAGAAGAAACAGCAGAAGCAGAAGCAACGAAACAUGAAGGUGAUUGGGGAUACGGAGAUUGACGAGCGAGACAGAAAGGAUUACUUCUCGCCGAGUACAGGCCUGUUUUCGGACUACUGCGAAAGCGUUGUUCAGAGGUACGGGCUUGGUCGCCCGGGGAUGAUUGCGGAGGGAGACGUUGUGGGCAUUUGUUUUAAUUAUGUUGACGAGCUGGAUUCGUCGAGAAAGGUGUUUACGGUGACCACGAGGGACGGAAAGGUGUUUUACUCCAAGGCUGUGGUGUUGGCUGUUGGACCUGGAGGGAGAAAACUCCUGCCUUUCCCUUUGAGCGCCGAAGAGGCAGAGGGCGCCUGCCACAGUGGUGAGAUUCGAGCAUUUCCGAGCCCCAAUGUAAAGAGGAAGAUUCAACAACGGAAGGAGACGAAUGUCGUCGUUGUCGGCGGUGGAUUGUCUUCAGCACAAAUUGCCGACAUGGCGAUUCGAAAGGGAGUCACCAAGGUGUGGUUUAUCCUGCGUUCUGACUUCAAAGUUAAACACUUUGACAUAACCCUAAGCUGGAUGGGAAAGUUCAAAAACUACGAGAAAGCCGUCUUCUGGUCGGCGGAUACAGACGAAGAGCGUAUAGAGAUGAUCAAGACAGCUCGCAACGGAGGCAGCAUCACACCUCGAUACCAGAAGAUUCUUCGAGACCAUGCUGCCCAUGGGCGGGUCUCUAUCCACCCGCGCACCGUCAUCACUAGUAAGGAGUACUGCAGCGCCUCCAAGACCUGGCGCUUGGUUACGGAUCCUCCCAUCCCUGACCUUCCAGAGAUCGACUACAUGUAUUUCGCAACGGGCAUGCACAUGGAUGUGUGUGAGCUACCGUUGUUGCAACAGAUGCACCGGGACUAUCCAAUCGAGACGAUACAGGGCCUGCCAUGCCUCACAGAUGAUCUUAUGUGGCAGGCUGAUGUGCCGCUGUUCUUAACAGGGCGACUGGCAGCUUUGCGUCUGGGCCCAGGGGCGCCUAACCUCGAGGGUGCAAGGUUGGGUGCAGAAAGGAUCGCCUGGGGUAUGGAAGAGGUGCUGGGUAAGCUUGCGUUUGGUAAGGAUGAAACGGAUGAGCAGCAGGUCGACCAGUCAAAGGAGUGUUUCUGUGGAUUGGGGAAUCGAUAUGCCGGGCUGGUUGAUUCGUGA